CGUUAACAGAUUGUUAUGAGUGCGCAUUAAAAAAACGAUAGGAAGAUCGAUCGAUUAUUAGAACCUUUUAAUUUCAUCAUGAAGUUUCAAACCUUGACAUUAUCCGGCAGCCUUCUGCUGACGCUUUUUGCCUUUUCUACUCUAAAUGUGGUUGCUGCCUCUAAAUAUUUGGCUGUCCUUCACACAGCCGGCAAAUCUCAUUUCAUUGUGGGAUCAUCGCUUAUGAGAGCUUUGGCACAAAAGGGACAUGAGGUCUAUGUGAUCUCACCGUUUCCCCAAAAGCAGCCAAUCGAGAAUUACAAUGACAUUCCGUUACCUUCAAUGAUUAAGGCUUUUGCAGAUACCGUUAAGAACUUUUGGGAGAUAAACGACCGCAGUAUGGUUGCGAAUAUUUUCUCACGUUACGAUUUGGGUACCCGCAUAACAGAGGUGGCUCUAAACGAUUCUAAUGUCCAGCAGUUAAUGGCUAGCAAUCAUACUUUUGAUGCUGUCAUAUGCGAAGUAUUUCUAUCCGAAGCGCUUUAUGGUUUAAGCGAACAUUUUAAGGCUCCCCUCAUUGGAUUGGGAACAUUUGGAGCAAUAUCGUGGAAUACGGAUAUGGUUGGUUCCCCUUCUCCCCCUUCCUAUGUGCCACUUGUUGCCUUGAAGUUAACCGAUCGCAUGACACUUAUGGAACGCGUACAAAAUUUGGCUUUUCUUACUUUGGAGAAGAUCAUAAUGGAAUGGUAUUAUCUGCCUAGACAAGCUGCCAUAUAUCGGAAAUAUUUCCCCCAUUUGCCAAGGGAUAUGUAUGAGGUGCGCAAAAAUGCUGCUCUGGUAUUGUUGAACACCCAUGUCUCCUUGGCCUAUCCUCGACCUUAUAUGCCCAAUCAGAUAGAGGUGGGAGGCAUGCACAUUAAUCGCCAUAGAAAACCUUUACCUGAGAAGAUAGAGAAAUUCAUCAAUGACUCCAAACAUGGAGUGAUCUAUUUUUCCAUGGGCUCUAAUCUCAAGAGUAAGGAUAUGCCUGUGGAAAAGAAAAAUGAAAUACUAAAAGCCUUUAAGAAUCUCAAACAAAGAGUGUUGUGGAAAUUUGAAGACAAAGAAAUGAAGGGCAAGCCUGAGAAUGUUCUCAUCAGUGAUUGGUUUCCCCAGGAUGAUAUUUUGGCCCAUAAAAAUGUCAAAGUUUUCAUCACACAUGGCGGUCUGUUGAGUACCACUGAGAGCAUAUAUCAUGGUGUGCCCGUUAUUGGUAUUCCCAUAUUUGGAGAUCAAUUCCUUAAUAUGGCAGCCGCAGAGAGAAAUGGCUAUGGUCUUACAUUGGACUAUAAGACCCUUAAAGCUGAGAGUCUUUUGCGAGCCUUAAAGAGGGUUAUUAAUGAAGAAAGUUUUCAGCACAACAUUAUGGAAAUAUCCCAACGUUACAAAGAUCAGGAUAUGUUGCCAAUGGACCGGGCCAUCUAUUGGGUGGAACAUGUGGUGCGUCAAAAUGGAGCCAAGUAUCUGCAUUGUGCCGGCUUGGAUUUGAAUUUUGUGCAAUACCAUAAUCUAGAUGCCAUGCUAAUUUUGUAUGGAGGCUUUGCCUUGGUGCUAUUUAUUGUGGUUUAUUGCAUGAAACUGCUUUUUAAAACUCUGGUGAGGAUGGUUAAACCAAAACGCAAGGAGAAGAGGAAUUAA